AUGGCCAAACUGGCUCACAACAGCGUGUUUUACGGUGUUUUCCCGGAAACGUUUCAUUUUACCGUCUUUUUAUCGUCAGUCGGCAACCUGCAGAGCGAAUCUGCGCCCGAGUUGGCCAUCGACCAAAUCGAGUCGCUACUUAGCAUGGCCUUCCGCCCCGGCGAGGCGAGACGCAUGAUGACCAAGGCCGAGGAAGCCAAGGCGAAGGCCAAGCUGCUGCUGCCGCCAUGGAUGCGCUCGUCGAGCGACCAUGUCAAGUCGGCCAUGCGCAAGCGGACCGAGUCGAUGAGCGCAUCGACCGAGUCGCGCGAGGCCAUCAUCGCGCGCUGCCUUGCCAUGCUGACGUCCAUCUUUCCGUCCUGGGAGGAAGACUCGCUGCGGACCAUCCUCGAGGCGCAUGAGUACGUGAUUGACGACACGAUCACGACCGUACUGCGCAUGGAGGAAGAAGAAGAAGAAGCCUCCAAGCGCCUGAGCUUCUAUGAACCGCCAAAGCACCUCCGGUACACCCCCAAGCACCCGAUCCCAGACGACUUUCUUCGCGUACCGGGCUACCUCGAGCCCGAGGGCGACGGGGACACGGACGCCGACGACGCGGGCCGCGAGAGCAUCGACGACUUUGACAUGGCGUCGUCGCGGACGCUGCUUCCGCUCACGUCGACGAUCGCCGAGGACGACGGGACGAUCUACGGCAAGGAGUUUGCUGGUGCUACCAGCGCCGACGACGAGGCCAAGUUGCCGCCGCCGACGGACGCUCCCGAGGCGCGGGUAGCCUUUGUGGAUCCGAACGCCAACCCCGAGGUGCUGCAGCAGAAGAAGACGCGCCCCAAGUCGCGCACCGACACGCUGUUUAGCCAACUCACGGUCAUCAAGCGCAGCAAGCUCGACAUUGUCGGCGCGGAAGACCGGAUUCGAACCCGCGAGCCGCACCGCGUCCUCGACUGUCUCUCCAAAGCGAGCGUGCUCUACCGCAACGGACUCAUUAGCAGCAUCGAGCUCGAGACGUUGCGGUCGCUCAUCCUGCGCAAGAUGCAACCCACCAAGAUGCUCAUGGACACGUCGGUCAACAUGAACGCCGAGACGAUCACAGACCACGAGUGGAACGGCCUCGUGCUCAAGGCCAAAGGCCUCCGUCAAGCGCUCUCCAUCCGCAUCAUCAAGACCUUUCUCGUCGGUCAGCACACGGAGUACGAGAUUCGCACCAACGACCUCGAGACGGGCGUCGUCGUCGUCACGCGCAAGCGGUUCCGUGAGCUCCACAAGCUCCACCGCAAGCUGAGCCCGCUCUCGGCCCGCGUGAGUGCAUUUCCAUUUCCGACGCGCCACACGGUCUCCAAGAAGGAAGAUUGGCGUCUCGCGUCGCAGCGCCAGCCAUUGCUGGAAGCCUACUUGCGGCUCGUUGCGUCUCUGGUGACGCCGUCGCCUCUCACGAGCGACCGGGCGACGGCGUUGCAGAUGCUGCAGUCGUUUCUGAACCUCCCGUCGCCGUCGACGCUCAGUAGCAAGACGACGCUGCCCUGGACGCGCGUGCUUCGUGUUUACGCCUUCCAUGUCCUCAACGACGGCACGACGCCCGAAGGCAAAGUCCUCAAGAAAAUGACGAUCCAGUCGCUCGAUGACCUCGGCGACUGCCUCGACAACGUCCAAGCGUACAUGCUCGAACACCGCUUCCAGGACAUGAAGGCGCUUCUGCCGUUGCCACCCGACGACGACGACGUGCUGCACGAGUGGAUCUCGGAUGCGAUUCGACACGAAGUCGAAGAGAUGGUGUGCAUCCCGGUGCUGCCGUCGCUCCUCUCGCGUCUCCAAGCCUCGGUCGCCGACCGCGAGCGCGUGGUUUUGGGCCACAUGAGUGCACUCCGGGCCAAGCCGCAGAGCUUUUUUGGCAUUCCGCUGCACCGCAUUAGCGUGAGCUCGUGGGUGCGGCCGAUCGAGACGCUCCGAGACGUGGAUGCAAUGACGCUGCCACUCGACAAGCACCGGAGGCUCGUCGAGGCCGCGAUGCUCGUGCACAUUGUGUACCAGGAGGAGCACGACGGCGCCGACGUCUUGAGCGGCGACGACUUUUUGCCCGUAUUUAUAUACGUGAUCGUCCAGAGCCGUCUUGGAACCCCGGUCGCCUUGCUCCAAGCACUCAACGUCCUCUGUGACCCCGAGAAGCGCAUUGGCCAGAACGGCUACUACCUCGCGUCGUACGAAGCGGCCCUCGAACACUUGGCGUCGCCCAACUGCCUCACGUCGCUCGCGUGUGCCGACGAGGCAGGUGACGGGCAAUAAGAACAAGCAAUACUGCAUACUAGUA